AUUUGCGACGCGCCCUAAGGCCUUCCGUCAUGUACUCUUGCGGUGGAUCGAAUGGCGCUCGCUUGCAGCGGAUCCACCCAACCUUGUUUGUCACCAGCCGAACCGGAGCAUAGUGCAGCUCUACGGUAGGAUCAAUGGUUUAGCCAGGAAGCUUACCAUCGAGGAGUCGUGAGUCAAUGUCCACAGAGCAUCUUAUAAGAUGCCGUCGGUAGACCGCCGUGACCUACCGUCGUACCAGUAGCCUCCAAACUGCCUAACGUCGUAAUCAUCUGACACAUCUAACAUGUCGGAUAAGCUAAUCUUCUACGAUCUCAAAGGUCGUAAAGGCGUUGCGUGGGCCCCGAAUCCAUGGAAAGGUCGACUGGCAUUGAACUUCAAGGGCGUAGACUACAACACAAUAUGGCUCGAGUAUCCCGAACUCGAGCCAACCUUCAAAGCAGCAGGGGUUUCGCCGAACCCAGCAGGUUCCUUCUCAGACUACAGUUCACCCACGAUCCGUUUGCCAGACGGUACAUACGUGAUGGACUCGGUGAAGAUCGCCGAGAAGCUCGAGGCUGACCAUCCCAAACCGACAUUCCAUCUCGAGAACGGACUCCACCUCGGAGCCGCGUCCGUCACCCAAGAGCUUCUCUUUGCCAUCGUGCCGGCUGUCGUGGAUGGCCUACUCGACGACUGGCUCCAAGAGCCCUCCAAAUCCUGGUUCAUAGAAGACCGGGAACGACGUUUCGGCAUGACCAUGCAGCAGAUGCGAGAAAAUCUCGGAGGCGAAAAGGCGUGGCAGAAUGCCGAAGCGGCUCUAAAGAAGCUGCAAUCCUUCCUGACCGAGCAUAAGAAGGACGAGGGACCCUUCGUGCUCGGUAGCACUCCGUGCUACGCAGACCUUUGCGUUGUUGCUCUGCUGGAGAGCCUCAAGCGAGUGUGCUUAGAACAGUAUGAACAGAUUAUUGCCUAUGAUGAGAGGUUUAAAGCGAUACAUGAUGCCUGCAAGCCUUGGACUGAGCAGGACACUUGAGGUUGCCUGAUGACUAGAUAGCGACUACACAACGACUCCGCUGUUCAUCACCCGCUGCCUGCCAGGAGCGCCCUCAUGCAUUUAGUGCAAAUCUCAAUAGUCUGACGGUAAUGUCCGACUUCCACAAAGCGUGGCGUAUU